GUGCUCCACCUAUUCACAUCGUAUCGUAACGAUCGACUCGCAGCGUUUAAUUUUAUUAAAUUAGCACCUGGUGCACCAUGUUCCAAUAUUGGGACAUAGUCGGCACCUUGGCGUUCCUCGCGCUGAAUCUGUACCUGUUUCGAAAGCACGCCUAUUGGACCUCGCGGAACGUGCCGUUUAGGCAGCCCGGUUUCUUGUAUGGGAAUACGAAGGCCAUGGGAAGGACGGAGCAGGUUGGGAAGUUUUUCCAGAGCUUUUAUACGGAUUUAAAGGGGUUGAACCCGCUGGUUGGGAUGUACCACUACUUGAGGCCGAUUGCGUUGAUAACCGAUUUGGGGCUGGUGAAGCGGGUUUUGGAGGUGGAUUUUCAGUGUUUUCAAGGGCGAGGGAGUUACUGCGACGAGAAGGUUGAUCCAUUAUCGGGAAGGCUGUACAAUUUGAGUGGAGAUAAAUGGAAUAAGAUUCACAACAUAAUUGCGCCAUUGUUUGGUGGAAAUAACUUGAAGACUAUGUUUUCAAUGCUGUUGACUUCAGGAAAACAUUUGAGUGAUCAGCUUGGUGAUAAGUUCGAAGUAGGAAAAGAGAUUGAGAUUAAGGGUUUGUUGGAACAGUGCAUGACGGAUAUAAUAGCAAAGAGUUACUUAGGAGUUGAUUUACAGAUGAAAAUGAUUACAAGACAAGGAAAAUUUAAGAGAUUUCUGAUGAAUUACAUGUCAAAAUUAGCUAGGAUUUUAAGAAUAAGUGAGUUCAAGCCCGAAGUUUCCAAACAUUUUUUGAAAUUGAUAAGCGCUGAAACAGAAUCGCGAUCAAAGAACAACAUCAGAAAAGAUGACCUCCUGGACAUGCUGAUUCAACAGUGGGAUCCCAACGAAUCCAAGGAAGGACAGCUGGCCUUCAACGAGCUUGCAGCGCAAGCGUUCGGAUCCUACUAUGCUGGGCUCGAGACCUACCCUGCGCUGUUGACGUGGACUCUGUUCGAGCUGUCCAAUGCUCAGGUAAUGCAAAAGAAGGCGCGACAACACGUGAAGACUGCUCUGGCAAAGUUCAACGGAGAGAUUUGCUUUGAUUCGAUUUCGGCGAUGACCUACUUGGAUCAGAUCGUAAAAGAAUCCCUUCGGAAAUACCCACCGAUUCCGGUGUUGAUCCGGGAGACGAUCAAGAACUAUCCGAUUCCGAAUACCACCACAACCUUGGAAGCUAGAACUCUCAUUUAUAUCCCAGUGUACGCGAUCCACCACGAUCCGGAGCUGUAUCCUACUCCGGAGAAGUUCAAUCCAGAGCGAUUCUCAAUGAACUCCAAGCGAGAACCGUACACGUGGAUUCCGUUCGGUGAAGGACCGCGAGCUUGUUUAGGGAUGCGACUCGUGAUGAUGCAAGCUAAAAUUGUUCUGGCUUAUCUAUUGAUAAACUAUCGAUUUUCAAUCGGUAAGAAGUGUAGCAUGCCAUUGGAAGUCGAUAUAAAGAGUUUUGUACUGACUCCGAAUGAAGUCUGGUUGAAGGUGGAACGAAUCUAG